AUGUCGGAUUGUGGCGGAUUCUCAAUAACCGAGAUCCUCAACGAUCCCAAAUCCCCGGAUUCGAUUGUGAACGACUCUACUGACAUUGAUCAACCGUCUCCUAGGACCAGCGCCUCAUCCCCUUUAUCAGCCAGUCAAUUAUCACCUCAUCCAUCCCCGGAAACACCCCAAGCUGGCGCCCUACCUAAUUUGAAUCCUUUUUUUAUGCAUCAAAUGGCUGCACUAUGUGCUGCAGCUAGCCAGAAGCAGGGAAAUUUGGGAGCUAUAAUGAUGGCAGCACAACAACAGCAAGCUCAGGCUAGGAUUGGUGGAGCCGGGCCAAGCCAAAUGGGGAUGCCAGCUGAAUGGUGCGCGGCUUAUGCGAACAUGCAACGACAAAUGAGCUUCGGAAGUGGGCAAGGUAAGAAUUUUGACCGGCUUCUGGGAAAAACGUGCUAAAUCUGGUGUUCUUGAUUUCAGCUAUAUUCGAGGCUUAACUUUAAAAACAUCAAACUCAUUUCUUCGAAUACCGAUAGUACAGUUCAAACAUAUAGAUUUCAGCCCGACACUCUUAAUUCCCCUUUGUCUUUUACCGCACAGCCACUUAACCUGAGCGUAAGCGGCUUAAUUUACUUCUAUUAGAGUCAAAACAUAAUCGGGAGAUCUCUUUAUGAAUUCGUUCUUUAAUUUGAGAGGCCAACAUGGCAUCCAAUCAAAAGACAUCAGAACGGGCUUAGCGCUGUUAGGAAGGGUUUUUAUUACGUAAUAGAAUUAAACCAAUUUAGGUAAAAAAUGCCGAACAAAUUUUAAAAGAAGAGCAAAGGGGAUAUUAGUACUAAUCACUGACCAAAUUGAAUAUAUUUUGGUAAUUUGAAAUUUUUUGGAAAGGAAGGUGCAAGAGGUUUAGACAGUAUAUUGAACAAGAACAAAGUAUCUGAGCGCUGGCCGUUGAUUGGCCAGCUUUCCGCCUGCCCAAAGUAAACAAACAGGCCUGGAAUAGACGGGAAAACGCUAAAUGUCUACGCAAUAUGACUAGAUAAAUCGCAACGAUUUGAAAACCAUUUUUUAGAAUUUUUAAUGUUUCAGGAUGGGAUCCUCGACAAGUUGCGUGGAUGCAAAAUAUGAACACCAAGAUCUCGCACAAAAGAAAAGGAGGGCAGAUCCGCUUCACAAACGAGCAAACCGACUCUCUGGAAACCACCUUCGAUAAAAACAAAUAUUUGACAAAUCCACAACGGAGACAAUUAGCAAAGAAAUUGCAAUUGAGCGAGCGGCAGGUUAGUCUUUCACCUUUGGUGACAUUGAACCCAUCUUUAAACAUUUGUAUUAACUGUAGGCCAGAUUAUUAAACGUUGAUUUCUAGGUGAAAACUUGGUUCCAAAACCGUCGAGCCAAAUGGCGUCGAGUCCGUAAAGAUGGAGACGAGGAAGAAGAUUUAGCUCACUCGAUACACUCCAACAACCCCUUUAAUCAACGUCUCCAGUCGAUGCCUUCCCUCUCCUCACCCAACUCCCCUAAUCCAUCAACUCAAUUCAUCAAGAAUUUCCCUCAUUCAGGCUCUGCAAAUGUUUUAAAUCUGAGUGAAAUCGCUGGCAGUGGCUCUUUGAGUGCCUUAGGAAACGCAAACUUCAUUGAUCUGUUCAAGUCUAAAUAA